AUGGAAUCAGGCACUUUAAAAGAAUUUACAAGUCAUAACAGUAUAAUUGAUUAUGAUACAAAUCAACAAUUCACACAAACAUUGCAACUCUUAAAACAACAACAAAAUUUCUUUCAAGAACUGCAACAACACUUAAAACAAUGGAAUCAACCCACAGAACAACUGCCAUAUCAUUUUUUAGAACAACCCACUGAAUAUGAAUCACUUCUCUCACAAUAUCAAAAACAUCUCUCACAAUAUCAAAAAAAUCCCACAAGCCACCAUUACUCUGCUCUCUCAGAAACACAACAACAACUCUUACGAAUUCAGCAACUAUUUAUACUACAGCAAUUAUUACAAAAGUUCAUACAAAAACAAUCAGCAGAUUCGCUUAAUCUUGGAGAGUACUAUAUAAUUGAUAAAGAUGCUUUCGGUAAUUUAAAAAAACACCUGGAAAAUAAAGAAUUGAAAAGUAAAAUUAAUGGAUUGAUAAGCAAUAAUAAUGAAUUAAAUAAUAAUAAAAAUGAAUUGGAAUUGGAAAGUAAAAUAAAUGAAUUGGAAAAUAAAAAUAAUGAAUUAAAAAAUAAAAUCAAUGAAUUAGAAAAUAAAGAAUUGGAAAGUAAACAUAGUGAAUUGGAAAGUAAAAGUAAUGAAUUGGAUAAUAAAAUUAACGAAGUGGAAAGUGAAAUCAAUGAAUUGAAAAAUUUGGAAAAGAAUGGCAAGAAGUGGAAACUUAAGCUUAAGAACUUAUUAAAAUUUCCAAAUAAAUCUAAGCCAAAACAAGCUAAUUAUAAUCAAAAACUUCAAAAGCUUCAAACAGAUUAUCAAAAUCUUCAAACAGAUUGCCAUAAUCUUAAAACGGCUUGUCAAAAUCUUCAAACAGAUUAUCAAAAACUUCAAAAGCUUCAAACAGAUUAUCGAAAUCUUCAAACAGAUCACCAAAAACUUCAAGAGCUUCAAACAG